AUGCAGGAAAACCGAGUAAGACGCGCGCUGCGGGAGAACCGUCUCGCCCUGGGCACCUACGUGACCUUUGCCGACCCCCAGGUCGUCGAGAUCAUCGGCCUGGCCGGCUUCGACGCGGCGUUCAUCGACAUGGAACACACCACCUUCGACCUCGGCAUCAUCUCGCAGAUGAUAGCGGCGGCGGAACUGGUGGGCGUCACCUCCAUGAUCCGCAUUCCCGGCAACGAUGAGAACCUCAUCCUGCGCCUGCUGGAUGCCGGCGCUCAAGGCAUCAUCAUCCCUCAUAUCGACGGCGUCGAGGGGGCCAAGCGCGCGGUGGACGCUGUGCGAUACGCUCCCCUGGGGCAUCGCGGCGGCGCUGGCGGCACCCGGGCCGCCCGAUUCGGCACCGUAAGCUGGGAGGAGCACACCCGAACCUCCAACGAGAACAUCAUCCUGUCGGUCAUGACCGAGGACGAGCGGGGCAUCAGCGAGAUCGGCCAGAUUGCACAGCUGCCCGGCAUCGACCUGGUGUCCAUCGGCCCCACCGAUUUCUCCGAGUACAUGGGUAUUCGCGACCCGCAGAGCCCGGUCAUCCGCGCCCGCCUGGAGGAACUGGCCGCUGAGGUCAAGGCCGCCGGUGGCGCCAAGUUGUCCAUGCCCAUGAACCAUCCCGCAUUCCCCCUGUCGGCAUCCGAACUACAGGCCAUGGGCGUGGGCUACACCCACGUCGCGCCGCCUCCGACGGCCUUGCUGCUGCGCUCCCUGCAGCAGCGGAUCACCGACAUACGGGCCGAGUUGGGUUAG